CACGAAUUUGUGAGGGCUUGGCCACAGUGAAUUUGCGACUAGCUGGGAAUUUAUGGAAAUCGGGAAGCCGACAAAAGCACUGGCAUGCAAGAUCAGUAAUCGCUGCGCAGUGUGUAAGUCCUCUCAACAGUCCAGGCAGGAAUGGCUUCAACAGCCGCGGCCUCAGAGCCUCUAGUCAGGAUACUCUCGGACUUGCGAUCUCGCAACGAUGAAGUGCGAACCAAAGCCGCAAAUGACCUUCGAGCUCACUUCACUGCCAUUUCUCGCGAAGUGUCGGGCGAGGCAUUCACAAAGUUCGUCAACGACGUAAACCGACGCAUCUUUGAACUCAUUCACAGCAAUGACAAUAACGACAAGAUAGGAGGGAUCCUUGCCAUUGACAAAUUGAUCGACUUUGAUGGAGAGGAAAACACGACGAAAACAACUCGUUUCGCUAACUACCUGCGGAUAGUACUUCCUGGAAGUGAUCCGCAAAUCGCUGUGUUCGCGGCAAAGGCCCUCGGGAAACUGGCCUUAUCGGGUGGAACUCUGACCGCUGAAUUUGUGGAAUUUGAAGUAAAGCGAGCUUUGGAAUGGCUGCAAGGCGAUCGACAUGAGGCACGUCGCUACGCGGCGGUUCUCGUGCUGCGUGAGCUCGCUGUCAGUGCACCGACAUUGGUAUAUGCAUUUGUGGGACAGAUUCUAGACCUGAUUUGGGUCGCCUUGAGGGAUCCUCGGGUGGUUAUCCGGGAAGGGGCCGCUGAAGCUUUGAACGCUACACUGGCUCUGGUUCAUGUCCGUGAGAACCGACAAAGGAAAUCUUGGUAUCAGAAGAUCUUGGAAGAAACGCAGAAAGGGUUCAAGAUAGGCAGCGCGGACGCGAUUCAUGGAUCGCUAUUGACCCUACGAGAACUCAUCAGCCAGAAGGGAAUGUACCCGCAAGAGAAGUACAAAGGGCUGUGCGAAUCCGUCCUGAAGUACAAGGACCAUCGGGAUGGCCUUGUCAGGCGAACGGUGAUCCUGAUGAUUCCCGCUCUGGCCCAAUUCGAUCCGACGGACUUUGUGGCCGCGUACAUGAAUGGGUGCAUGGCAUAUCUCUUGGCGCAACUAAAGAAGGACCGAGACCGAUCAGCUGGCUUCGUCGCAAUUGGAAAAGUGGCGAUAGCGGUGGGCAGCAGCAUUAGUCCAUACUUGGACAGCACACUGCAGAAUAUCAAGGAGGGCCUCAGCGUCAAAGGGAAAGGCCGUCUCGUCACCGAAGCGCCGAUUUAUCAGUGCAUCAGCAUGUUGGCUCAGGCUGUUGGUCCCGCGUUGACGAAGUACAUGCAUGAGCUGUUAGAGCAAAUGUUUGCUGGAGGACUUUCGGAGCCUUUGCGACAGGCUCUGGUAGAUUUGUCCAUCUACAUCCCGCCACUGCUGUCCACCAUCCAAGAGAAACUCCUGAAUCUGCUGUCCAUGAUCCUAUCUGGACAGCCAUAUCGUCAUCCUGGCGCGCCAUCGCGGACAGCACAAGCGGCGUUGACUCAGAGCAUGCGUGAUUUCCAGAUCAACAGCGAACCUCGCGACGUCGAAACAACAAUCCUUGCUCUGACAACCCUAGGAGGUUUCGAUUUCGCAGGGUACAUGCUGCACGAGCUUAUCCGCGAAUGUGCGGUGUCAUACCUGGAAGAUGAUAAUCCGGAAGUGAGGAAGGCGGCGGCAUUGACUUGCUGUCAGCUGCUUGGGCGCGAUCCUAUUUGCUAUCAGACCAGCAAUCACGCUAUCCAGGUGGUCGGCGAUAUCUUGGAGAAGCUGUUGACUGUUGGAAUCACUGAUCCAGACCCGAUAAUUCGGCAAACGGUUCUAUCGUCCCUGGAUGAGCGGUUCGAUUUCCAUCUCGCGCAAGCGGAGCAUAUCCGCACACUGUUCGUCGCGCUGAACGAUGAAGUGUUUGCCAUCCGAGAGCUUGCGAUCGCCAUUAUCGGUCGUCUGACGGUGCAUAACCCGGCUUAUGUUCUUCCGUCACUCCGUAAAACGCUCAUUCAGUUGUUGACGGAGCUAGAAUACUCUGGCGUGAGUCGUCAACGAGAAGAAAGUGCCCGGCUAUUAACGCACCUCGUAUCAGCCGCACAACGGCUCAUCAAACCCUACGUGGAGCCCAUCAUGAAGGUUCUCCUUCCCAAAGUGAAAGACCCAAGUUCAGGGGUCGCGUCCAAAGUUCUCGCCGCUAUCGGUGAGCUUGCCCAGGUCGGCGGCGAAGUUCUCUUACCCUUUCUCGACGACUUGAUGCCAAUCAUCAUGGAAACCCUGCAAGAUCAAAGCAGCUCCACGAAACGAGAGGCGGCUUUGCACACAUUGGGUCAGCUGUCGAGCAACACGGGAUGGGUUAUCGAACCGUACCUGAAGUACCCGAUACUCUUGGAUAUCUUGAUUGAUAUUCUGAAGACCGAGCAAUCUCCGGGAAUCCGAAGGGAAACUGUGAAGGUCAUGGGUAUUCUGGGUGCGCUUGAUCCCUACAAGCACAAGAUCACGUCUGGGGAUCAGGAGACGGUGCUGAAUGGCCCCAAUGUCGAAACGACUUUGCCGCUGUCAAUGAGUCCAUCCAGCGACGAAUACUACCCGACCGUGGCCAUCAAUGCUCUCAUGAAGAUCCUCAAAGAUCCUUCACUCAGCAUUCAUCACACGGCGGUGAUUCAGGCGGUGAUGUACAUCUUCAAAACGCUGGGGUUGAAGUGUGUACCGUUCUUGCCGCAGAUCAUGCCACCGUUCCUGAGCAUGAUGAGGAGUUGUCCCAUUGGAAUGCUCGAGUUCCAUUUCCAGCAGCUCGGAUUGCUGGUCACAAUCGUCAAGCAGCAUAUACGAGGCUACCUGACAGACCUCCUCGGUUUGAUCCAAGAGUACUGGAGUCCAACCUCCAACAUCCAGAUCACCAUUCUCUCUUUGGUCGAAGCGAUCGCUGUCGCUUUGGAUGGGGAGUUCAAGGUGUACCUCCCGACGCUCCUUCCGCAGAUGCUGCAAAUAUUUGAUGCCGACACGAGCGAACGACGGCUGCCGACUCAGAAGGUCUUGCAUGCCAUGAUUACGUUUGGCGCCAAUCUGGAGGAAUACCUCCAUUUGGUUGUUCCGGUGAUCGUCAAGCUUUUCGAGCGCCCCGAUGUGCCUCCACAUCUUCGCAAACACGCCAUUCAAACAUUCGGACAUCUUUGCAAAAAGAUUAGCUUCUCGGAUCAAGCCUCGAGGAUCAUUCAUCCCCUUGUUCGAGUGCUCGCUUCGCCGCAACAGGAUAUGCGCCCUGUUGCCAUGGAUACACUUUGUGCGUUGAUAUAUCAGCUAGGAUCUGAUUUUGCCAUUUUCGUUCCGAUGAUCAACAAGACGCUCGUGAAACACCACAUUCAGCACGCCAAAUACGAUCUCCUCGUCUCAAAGCUCUUGAAAAAUGAGCCGUUGCCUCAGGAGAUUGCCACAGAUGGAGACCAACGGCUGGAUGUCGCAAUGGCUGAAGAGUCACCUGCAGAAGCGUCUACAAAGAAGCUUCCAGUGAACCAACAGCAACUGAAGAAAGCGUGGGAGACGUCGCAACGGUCUACAAAGGAUGACUGGGCAGAGUGGAUCCGUCGGUUCAGUGUGGAACUAUUGAAAGAGUCACCCUCCCAUGCACUUCGUGCGUGCGCCAGUUUGGCUGGUGUAUACUACCCGCUAGCUCGUGAGCUAUUCAACGCUGGGUUCGUUUCUUGUUGGAGCGAGCUCUUCGACCAGUACCAGGACGAGCUUGUCCGAUGUCUAGAAACCGCGUUGACGUCGCCCAACAUCCCGCCCGAGAUCCUGCAGACCUUACUGAACUUGGCGGAGUUCAUGGAGCAUGACGACAAAGCUCUCCCUAUCGACAUCAGGACUCUUGGGCUGUAUGCCGCCAAAUGUCACGCUUAUGCCAAGGCGCUGCACUACAAGGAGUUGGAGUUCAUUUCCGAACCCUUGACAAACACGAUAGAAGCAUUGAUCCAUAUCAACAACAAGCUACAGCAGCCUGACUCUGCCGUCGGAAUCUUGACCUACGCUCAGCAGAACCACGAUGUGGAGCUUAUGGAAUCCUGGUAUGAAAAGCUGCAUCGCUGGGACGAUGGGUUGGCCGCAUACGAGAAGAAGCAGGCUGAAGACCCGGGAUCUGUGGAAGCCAUGCUCGGUCGAAUGCGUUGUUUGCAUAACCUUGGCGAUUGGGAAGCUUUGUCCCAGGUCGCGCACAGCCGGUGGGGAAAUGCGCCGAACGACGUCAAGAAGGCCAUCGCACCGUUGGCGGCAGCUGCUGCGUGGGGUCUUCGGCAGUGGGAUCUUAUGGACGAAUACAUUGCGGUCAUGAAGCAGGAAAGCCCCGACAGUGCGUUCUUCCGUGCGAUUUUCGCACUGCACAAGAAUCUUUAUCCCCAAGCCGCUCAGUAUAUCGACCGCACGCGGGACCUACUGGACACCGAGCUGAUGGCCCUUGUCGGCGAGAGUUACAGCCGAGCGUACGACGUCGUCGUACGUAUUCAGAUGCUUGCGGAGCUAGAGGAGAUUAUCACGUACAAGCAAUUGUACGACCAGCCGGAGCGUCAGAUUGCUAUUCGGAAAACAUGGCUCUCUCGGCUAAGGGGCUGUCAACGAAACGUGGAAGUGUGGCAGAGAGUGUUGAAGGUCCGCGCUUUGGUCAUACAACCCAGGGACGAUAUGGAGAUGUGGAUCAAGUUCGCGAACUUGUGUCGGAAGAGUGGAAGGCUGGGCCUUUCUCACAAGACACUAGCUGGACUGAUUCACCCUGACACGAAGGACUUCAGUACCCUCGCUAUCAGAGAUGAUGCCCCACCAGUGGUAUACGCAUGUUUGAAACAUUUGUGGGCAUCCGGCUCCAGAGAACAUUCUUUCGGCCAAAUGAAGGAUUUCACGAGGAGUAUCGUGGACAGACUUGGCAUCACUAGUCUGAACGACAUCAAUGCCCAGAUCGAGACGCAGAAUAGUGACUCUGGGAAAGGCGAGCUCGUGAAGCUGCUGGCUCGCUGUUAUCUGAAGUUGGGCGAAUGGCAGAUCGCCCUUCAGGAGGAGCUCAACGAUAACGUCAUCCCGGAGAUUCUGAGGUCCUACCUGGCGGCCACCCAUUGUGACAAGGACUGGUACAAAGCGUGGCACGCGUGGGCGCUUGCCAACUUCGAGGUUAUCUCUCACUACGAGAAAGUUCACGAGACCAUUCCAUCGCAAAUCCUGGUCUCGCACGUUGUACCUUCCGUGCAAGGAUUCUUUCGGUCAAUCGCUCUGUCAAAGGAAAACUCUUUGCAAGAUACGCUCAGGUUGCUCACCUUAUGGUUCAAAUACGGUUUCCAGCAGGACGUCAACAUUGCGAUCGGUGAAGGGUUCAAUAGCGUCAGCAUCGACACGUGGUUGCAGGUCAUUCCACAACUCAUUGCUCGUAUUCACACGCCAAGUCCCCAUGUGCGUCGCCUGAUUCAUCACUUGCUUGCGGACGUUGGGAAGGAGCAUCCUCAGGCCCUUGUGUACUCGCUUACGGUGGCUUCGAAAUCGCAAAGCACGUCCCGUAAGAAAGCCGCCCUGGCUAUUAUCGACAAGAUGCGCAUGCACAGUGCCACUCUGGUCGAACAGGCGUUGCUAGUCAGUCAGGAACUCAUCCGCGUCGCUAUCUUAUGGCAUGAGAUGUGGUACGAAGGAUUGGAGGAGGCCUCGAGGCUCUAUUUCGGUGAUCAUAACGUCGAAGGGAUGUUUGCCACGUUGGAACCGCUGCAUCACAUGCUCGAAAGAGGGCCAGAGACCUUAAGGGAGAUCUCUUUCAAUCAAACGUUUGGACGGGAUCUUCAAGAAGCCCUGGAUUGGUGCAGGAGGUUCCGGCGAACGCAGAGCGUGAACGACCUGAACCAAGCCUGGGAUCUGUACUACCUGGUUUUCCAGAGAAUCAGGAAGCAGCUACCGCAGUUGACAACGCUCGAAUUGCAAUACGUGUCACCGAAGCUUUUAGCCGCCCGCGACUUGGAACUCUCCGUUCCCGGAUACUACCGAAGCUCCGAGCCCGUUGUCAAGAUUUCGUCGUUCGUGCCAACUCUCACGGUGAUCACCUCGAAACAGCGACCUCGCCGACUGACGAUCAAGGGGAGCGAUGGCCGGGAUUAUGCCUACCUUCUGAAAGGACACGAAGACCUGCGACAGGACGAACGUGUCAUGCAGCUGUUCGGGCUUGUUAACACCUUACUUUCGACAGACGCAGAGACGUUCAAAAGGCAUCUCAACAUUCAGCGAUUCCCUGUCAUUCCUUUGUCGCCAAACUCGGGUCUGAUCGGCUGGGUACCGCACUGUGACACUCUACACACCCUCAUUCGUGAUUACAGAGAGUCUCGCAAGAUUCUGCUCAAUAUCGAACAUAGAUUAAUGCUUCAGAUGGCUCCCGACUACGACAAUCUGACAUUGCUGCAGAAGGUGGAAGUCUUCGAGUAUGCGCUGGAAAACACGACCGGGCAAGAUCUGUAUAAAGUCUUGUGGCUCAAGAGCAAGAAUUCCGAGGUUUGGCUCGACCGCCGCACAAACUACACGAGGUCACUGGCGACAAUGUCUAUGGUUGGCUAUAUACUGGGAUUGGGAGAUCGUCACCCGUCCAAUCUCAUGCUGGACAGAUUUACUGGCAAAGUGGUGCAUAUCGAUUUCGGAGAUUGUUUCGAGGUUGCAAUGCAUCGCGAAAAGUUCCCAGAAAUGAUUCCAUUCCGGCUAACGCGAAUGCUGAUCAACGCUAUGGAGGUAUCCGGAAUUGAAGGGAACUUCCGGAUAACGUGUGAAAAUGUCAUGACUGUUUUGCGAGAUAACAAAGACAGUCUGAUGGCUGUCCUUGAAGCCUUUGUGUACGAUCCUCUCAUCAACUGGAGGCUGCUGUCGACGGCGAGUCCCAAACAAGAUGCGAAACCAAUGCGACAGACUGAGAGGGGCACAGACCUGCUUGAUGAGGCGGCGCAAACAAGGAACUUCCCGGCAAGCCGAAAGCUGCAGAAGAAUGAAAACGACCUGAUUUCUAGUGGUGCGCGUCUUCAAUCUUUCCUGAUGAAGAAUGUUGCAAUACCUUUACUGAUGGCUUUCGUAGAGGACGAUCAAGUCGGAAAGCCAGAAGCACUGAACACUCGGGCAUUGACCGUCAUCAACCGUGUGUCAAACAAGCUGACUGGACGAGAUUUCCGACCGAACCAAACUCUGGACGUACGGAAUCAAGUGCAGAGGUUGAUUCUGCAGGCUACGUCUUUGGAGAACCUAUGUCAAUGUUACAUCGGAUGGUGUGCAUUCUGGUAGACUGCAAGGCGUAUAAUUCUGGUCAUUGGUUGGCCGGAUGCGAGACACGCAAGAAAACAAAUGCACCAGUCAUUGCUGCCGAGCAAACCCCGACAUCGAGACCACUGUCGAAUACUGUAAAUUCUUGUAAAUAUGGUACAAAUAGAUUCUUGCUCAAGACAUGCAGAUGCUGAUGGCCCUACGAGGUUCGGGUAUAUGUGAGGUGAUGUCUACCUUGGUGUUCUUCAAGAAGUGAGCAUCAUAUGCGCUAAUUGACAUGACUGGUGCACCAAAUCUCACAAGCUCUUGCUUUGGGCACUGGUUACUCCCGGACAGAAUUGCGGGACGGUGAGUGGCCGAAGAGGUCAGCGAAACUGUGGUGGAGGUA